AUGGGGAUUAUGGCUAGGAACAAAAAAACUUUGGUUGGGUACAGCGGAAGGUUAUCUCCAACUCAACAGAACAACUUAGAAAGGGAGAAGCGAGAGAGCAACAAAUGGAGGCCUCUGCCUACCGGAGAUGAUGCAGAAAAUGUGUACGAGGUGCAAUGUCUGCCAAUGAAGGUAAGUGUGGAUCUUGGCAAAGGUACAUAUAGCUGUCGACUUUGGCAAAUCACAGGGCUACCAUGUAGACAUGCAUGUGCUGCUUUGGCUAACCAGAACAGAAGGCCCGAAGAAUAUGUACACAACUGGCUCACCAUGGGUGCAUACAACGCAGCCUAUCAGACUUUCAUGCGUCCGGUUCCAAGCCAGGAAAAACCAAUCAGAAGACCUACAACCAAGAGAGACAAGAGAAAUGAUGACCCUAAAGAGAAGAGUGACCCUCAUAGAACAACGAGGAGGAUUGGGACUAUUAUCUAUAAGUACUGCCUCCAGGCUGGUCACAAUAAGAGAAGUUGUAAAAAGAGAAAGGAAGCAAUGGGUGAAGGGAGUUCUGCACCACAGGCACCUGUAGAUGAUGAGGAUGAGGAUAUGCUUGCUAAAAUUUACUAG